AUGGAGAACUGUCACGAAGGCACCAAGCAAGUUAAAUCAAGGAAGAUCCAAAUGUACGUCACCGAGUAUGAGAUGUUCAAGAUGAAGCCAAACAAGUUCAUCACCGACAUGACAAAUAGGCUUCUCACCAUCAUCAAUAACAUGAGAAAACUUGGAAAGCAUUAUGAGCUAGUGGAUAUCAAUAAUAAGAACCUUAGGAGUCUUUCUUUGGAUAAGUAUGGUGCUAGAGCGACUAGUAUUGAAGAAGCAAAUGAGGACCUUAAGAAGAUACCUACGAAUAUUCUCAUAGGCAAACUUUUAACCCAUGAGAUGUCCCUUGUCAAGGAUGAAUUUGAUAGAGAUGAUCAAAAGAAAGCACAAAGUGAGAGUGAUGAUGUGGCCCUCAUCACUAAACAUGUCAAAAGAAUUCUUAAGGCCAAAAGGAGAAGAAGCAACAAAUCUUUCAUAAACAAUAAACCUUUCUUCAAAUCAAGAUCAAGCAAGGACAAAAAAGAUGAAGUCACUUGCUAUGAGUAUGGGAAGCACGGACAUAUCAAGCCGGAUUGUCCCAAAUAUUUGAAGAGAAAGAAGGAAAAAAAAGAAAAGAAAAAGAGCUUGAAAGCUACUUGGACCGAUGCUUCCUCAUCCUCUAAUAAUGAAAGAGAAAGAGAAGAAGAGGCCAAUCUUUGCUUCAUGGCCAACAUGAAGGACUCUUAUGAGGUAUGUUCUACUUCUCAUUCAUAUAAUUCUUCUUCUUCUUGUUCAUCUUCUCAUUCUUUUGGUGAUAAUGUGUUGGAUGAUGAGGAUGAAUUUUUACAAAAUAUGCUUUCAAAACUAAGUUCUUAUAAAAACAAGUGCUUAAACUUGCAAGAAGACCUUGAGAGAUCAAAGAAAGAAAUUGCUUCUUUAAAAACCUCCAAUGACAACCUAAAGAAAUCAUUGAAUGAGAUUUCAAAUGAAAUACUCUUUAAAGAAAACAAUUCAUUGAAAAAUGAAGUUGAUGAGCUUAGGAACUCAAUCUCAAGAUUUCACAAAGGGAAAAAGUCUCUUGAUACACUAGUUGUAUCUCAAAGACCUCCCCUUAUGAGGCAUGGACUUGGAUUCAAUAGAGCUUCAGCUUUCACACCUCAAAUAUUCAACACCGCAAUUUUUGUUAAGGCUAUUCAAUCCCCAAUCAUUCAGAAAAACUCUAAUAGAAUCUCAAAGAAACAAGCCCAUAUUCGCGACAAAAGCCUCUUUGUAAAUAUUAAGAAUUAUGAUGCAAGUAAAGUCGCAUUCGAAAAUAAUGCUAAGGGUAAGGUAAUUGGUAUUCGCUCCAUCGGUAAGGUGGGAAAAACUUUCAUUGACGAUGUUUUAUUAGUUGAUAAAUUAAAGCAUAAUUUGUUAAGUGUAAGUCAAUUGUAUGACAAAGGCAAUAAAGUUACUUUUGACUUCAAUGGAUAUCUUGUCAAUGCCCUAGUGGAUGACAAUGCGAUAUUCAAAGGAGAAAGAAGCGGCAACACCUACACAAUUUACCUACACAAAGUUACUAAUCAAUCUUUCAAGUGUCUUGUCUCUGUUAGUGAUGAAUCUUGGCUAUAG